AUGAAGUCUUUUUCCAGUUCGGUCAUCAAUAAGUCGGGCAAGAAGUUUGCUCCCAAGGCGCCCGCCCGACGCGCCCCAGCUCCCCCUCCACCGCGGCGGCCCAGUGUUGCGUCGCAACCGUCUGCUUCCCAGACACCGCAGCCAGCGACCGCGACAGCCACACCUGAGCCAAGCCCUUCUACCACCUCUGUCCAACAUACAGCUGCCGUUAACACGGUCCCCAUCGAAACCACAGACGCGGCCCCAAAGAAGAAAAUCACGCCCUCGUUGUCUGCGACCGCGAUCGCAAUACCCCAACCGAAACGGAAGCCUUCUGUCUCAGCAGCGCCUCCCAAGGUCGUAGAAGUAGUAUCACCACCUCCCCAACCCACCCCGCCCAGUACCGCGCCUACCGAACUUGCGCCUCCGUCUUCAAUCAAUGAACCCUCAGAGACGCGCGCCGAUAGCAAGGCCGCUGCUCCCCAAAGUCGCGUGCGCCGUCCCGCAGAUGGCGCUAUCGAAAUUCGCCCUACCAAACGACCCAGGACCAAUUCGGUGGCCAAGGCCUCUAUCCCACCUCCUACCGCUCCUACAGAACCCCCAGUGACCGAGUUUCCUCUUCCCACGCCUCCCGCUUCUCAAGCCACCGCUAUAGACACUCAAGAACCGACAGAAAGUCAAACAGAAACAGAGUCGCAGACGCCCGCCCCUGCUACGCAGUCGCGCAAAGUGGUUAAGGUGCGAAGGAAAUCUGUCAAGGAAGGGAAUGGUGAGAAUGCGACAGGCAAGAAGAAAGAAAGAAAGACUCGUACGCGGAAGAAGCGCGAGCCGACUCCUGAGGGUUCCGAGAAUGUCGAGAUCGCCCCUGGUCUCAUUAAAAUGUCGGAAUUAUGCAAGGACCUCCGAACCGGAAAACUUUCUAAGAGAGAAACUGAGCUUCGCAUCCUUGAUCAAGCUGAGCAAGAGCGCAAACAGCGCGCACAGCAAGAAGGAGACACUGAGGUUCCAGUCAAGGCCAAUGGAAACGAGGCCACGCCAGCAGUUGAAGGAAACAGCAUGCUUGACAACAAAUCUCAAGCUGGACCGGUGAUGCGCAUUGUUAACGGAGAAAUCGUGCUCGAUACUGCUUCCUUGCAGGUUGACCGCCAUGCGGAUGCCGCACGAAAUGCUGGCGCGCUGGAGGACGUCGUGGAAAACACACUCACUCGGAAGAUCAACCAGUCUACUUACGGAAAACGUUCCAAAACCGAGUCCUGGGAUGAGGAAAUGACGGAUCUAUUCUAUCGAGGGUUGCGUAUCUUCGGCACCGAUUUCAUGAUGAUCAGCAAACUUUUCCCCGGGAGAAGCAGACGGCAGAUCAAGUUAAAGUUUAACAACGAAGAGCGCCGCGACCCCGUGCGCAUCAAGGACACUCUUCUCGGUCCACGGGAGAGUAUUGACAUCAACACCUAUUCCCAAAUGACCAACACGGUGUAUGAUGAUCCCAAAGUCAUACAACAACAACUAGACGAAGAACGGAAACAGAUGGAGGAACAGCAUGCCAAAGAGAAGGAGGCUCAAGAAGAUCUGCUUCGCAAUCCGGAUGGUGCGGCUGAAGGAGCUGGUCAAAAUGGUGAUAUGCCUGCUAAGGUCAAACGACCCAGCCGGAGGCAGGCAUUGAAAGCUAUGGCUGGUGGAACAGAGGAGGUACUGGGCACGAUCGACGACGUGCCUUGA